AUGGCAUCCACCGUAUCCAUGACUACUAGAACACAACGUUCCAUUCCCUCGCUCCUCCCUUCUUCCAGCAAGCCCAGGACCCCAGCUUCUCAUCAAAGUUUCUCCAGUUCCUCUCACUCCCAAUUCCAUGGGCUCAAUUUCUCAAAGCCCGCCUCCGCUAGUUCUGCUCCUGUUCCUUACCGUUCUUCUUUCAAGACUUCCAUUGUGGCCAAGGUGAACAAAGGGCAGGUUCCGCCCAACUUCACAUUGAAAGAUCAGGAUGGCAAGGCUGUGAGCCUCGCCAAGUACAAGGGCAAGCCUGUUGUUGUCUAUUUCUACCCUGCCGAUGAAAGCCCUAGUUGUACCAAACAGGCGUGUGCUUUCAGGGACUCUUAUGAGAAGUUUAAGAAAGCAGGAGCUGAGGUCAUUGGGAUUAGUGGCGAUGAUUCAUCUUCACACAAGUCAUUUGCUAAGAAGUAUAGGCUCCCCUUUACGUUGCUGAGCGAUGAGGGUAACAAAGUAAGGAAAGAAUGGGGGAUCCCUUCCGAUCUUUUUGGAGCACUACCGGGGAGACAGACAUAUGUUCUUGACAAGCAGGGAGUGGUGCAGCUGAUCUACAACAACCAGUUCCAACCAGAGAAGCACAUUGAUGAAACCCUCAAACUACUUCAGAGCCUAUAA